CAGAGCUGUAAAAUGUUUACAACGAUGAGCAACAUGCGCAUGAGUAACAAAACAACCAUGGCGGAAGUCGCUAGAGCCGAGCUGUUAUCCACUUUCCAGGAAAUAACCAGGAUAGAAGAUAUUCAAAUCUGUAUUGACACUUUGGAACAACACAGCUGGAACUUAGAUGAAGCUGUCCAAAGUGCUAUCCCCACUGAUGUAUGUUCACCAUCUGUAGACAGAAUUGCAUUUGAUACAACAAUAGUUACAACAACCCCUUCCGCCAUAGCUACUGCCACUUCUACCACAAACACCACUCCAGCAAGUUACCAUGUUUCAUAUAAUGAUAAUGAAACCAGUUACUCUAAGUCUUACUCCUUGUCAACAUCUACACCUGCCUUGUUUAAAACCGAUUCAUUUCCUGAUAUGAGCUACUCUCACCAGACAGUUUCUCCCUACCAGUUAAAGUUCAUUGUGGAACACAAAAAUGACUUUGUUGAUUUAUUUAUAGAGAAUACAAAAACUGUUGGAUUUUUGAAAAAAGAAUUAUCUCGGCGUCUAAGUAUACCUGUGAAUUACCUUCAAUUGAAAGGUUGGCCUUCAUGUAGUAAAAUAACAGAUUCGUGCAUUUUGAAUGAAUUAAAUUUACCUCAAGAAACCAAAUUAAAAGUACAUAACACACAAAGUAAAGCUGCAACAUCAUCUCAGACAGGAUCUAGAAAUACAGUUACUGCUGACAGUUCUAAAACAUCUUCCUCUUCAUUUGGUGUCUCUGAUACUUCCAAUAGUCAAAAGGACAAAGGAAUGGAGGUUGAUGACAACGAUGAGGAUGAUGAUGAUGAUCAAGUUGAUGACUAUGAUGAUGAUGACGAUGUGGAUCUCAUAAAUGAAUACAUGUGGAAUGACACUCAACCUAAGUUUGGUCCAUUAAUGCCAGAAGAUUUCACAGAUGAAACUGUAGCACUGGAACAGUUUACUCGUGGAUUCAUUGAUCGAUUUGGAGAAUGCCAUCCUGAAUUCUAUAUCGGAUCAUUAGAUGAUGCUAUUAAGGAUUCCUUGAUGUUAAAAGCCAAAGAGAGGAAACCACUGGCUGUGUAUUUACAUGAUGACAAGAGUAUCCUCACAAAUGUUUUCUGUUCAAAGGUUUUAUGCUCUCUAGAGGUUGUUAGUUAUCUCACUGAAAAUUUUUUUGUCUGGGCAUGGGAUAUGACAAAUGACAAGAAUAAAAAACGAUUGCUCAGUAAUGCGACCAAACAUUUUGGCAGUGUUGCUGCAAUGCAAAUUAAGAAUUAUAUACCAAACCAACUACCUUUAUUAUUGAUCAUCAGUCGUGCCAGGUCAACUAAUGAAGUUUCAACUGUGAUACAAGGUUCAACAAAUCUGGAUGAACUUAUGUCUAACCUAAUAAGUGCUUUUGAACUUUUCCAAGACCAACAAAGGAAAGAUAUGGUGGAAGAGGAUAAGAGAGAAAUCCGAGAAUCAAUUAAACAACAACAAGAUGAGGCUUAUGCUGCAUCUCUUGUUGCUGACAGACUGAAGGAGGAACUUCGACAGAGAGACAUGGAAAUUGAACGAGUGGCCCAAGAGAAAAAGGAUGCUGAAGAAAAAGAGCGGGUAGAAAAUGAAAAAUCCAAAGCACAAAAAAGAGAAAUGUUAGCAAAAAAACUUCCAGAAGAACCUUCUGAAGAAUAUAAAGAUGGUAUUACCCAAAUUCGCUUUCAUCUGCCAAGUGGUGACUUCAUCACCCGGAGAUUUCGUGGACAUGAACCCUUAAGAUAUUUAUUCUAUUUUCUCACAUUAAAAGGUUAUCCAAACGAAGAUUUCAAGGUGUUGUCAAGAUUUCCACCACAAGAUGUGACUCAGCUAGAUGAGCGGAAAUCUUUUGAGCAGCUCAAGUUGUAUCCACAAGUAACACUGUUUAUAGCAGAACGAUAGGAGUAUCACUGAAAGCUGAAAGGGACUCAAUACUGUCUUUUUAUUCUUUUUUUUUAUUAUCUUAUUUUUGUGUAUGUGAGAGAGAGAGAAAGAGAGAAGAGUAUUCAGUGGCUGGUUUAAGAAAAAAUCUAAAAUACAGAAUAAAUAAAUACAUAAAAAAAAAUCUGCAAGGCUGUAAUUUAACCAUCACUGAUUUUAUCUGACUUGAUGACAAUCUAUUUCUCUGUUCAUUGCAAGCAAAGCCACAUUGAAUCUAAUAUGCAUGCGUAUGUCUGUUUGGAUGAGUGUGUGUUUAUAUAUGUGUAUAUAUAUAUAUAUAUAUAUAUAUAUAUAUAGGAGAUGUACUUGCAUAGCAAGUGACCUGAUCUGAGAUCGUGUGCUGGAACGAAAACAAUUGCAACGUGGAAGGUGUUUAUAAGCCAUUUAAAAUAACACACAAAAUCCGUUAGAUU